UAUACCUGGCGGAGCGUUGAACCAGAAACCGGUGCAGUGGAACCACGACCGUCAUUCCACGAUACACCACCGACAGGUGUGCCCGAGUCCAAAAACAGCGGGGAAUUUAUUUUGCGUGUGAACUAUUGUUUCGUGAAAAUGCAGAGUUAGCGACGAUACUUAAAUCCUUCGGUUGCGAUUUCGGAAAGUCCGCGAGCAGGGCAAGUAAUCGUCCGCGCGAUCAAUCGAUAGUGAGACAAAAUGGAUAGUUCGUAACCUGUUGCUCUAGAACGUAACAUGGAAAAGGCGAAAGAAAAUGGAUUGAACGACGAGGGGCACAAAAGGGGUACAAAGAGCACGUUCUACGCUUAUUUCUUCUGGCUGUUCGGCGGACUCUUCGGAGCGCAUCAUGUGUACCUCGGCAGGGACGAUCAGGCUUUCGUAUACAUCAGCACAUUCGGCGGCUACGUGGGCUGCGGUUUCCUCAGGGACAUUUACAGGAUACCUGCGUAUGUGGCCGAUGCGAAUAACGACCCGGCGUUCAUCGAGGAUUUUAAGCGGAAAGUCAGAGCUAAUCGCAAGCCGCCGUUUUCCGCGGUGCGAUUCACAGCGGAAGCCGCGGUCGCCUACUUAUGGGCCGAGCUGUUCAACAACGCGAUUCCGCUGGAGGAAGUGUACGGCAUUAAUUUCAGGCAUUUGCUGAUCUUAAUUCCAGCCGUGAUCGCGCUAGGUGUGUGGACAGUCGGAAAUAUCGGGAGGGAACAAGGUUCGAUAUGGAUAACGCUCGUCACAACGUAUCUGUUUUACCCGACCUGGUAUUAUAUCGCUGACGACACCAUGUGGAUUUUCCUCAUGGUGAUUGCCUCGAGCCUGAGCUUCGACACCUUCAGCAAACAAUGGCGGCUGAAACCGAGGAAAAGAAGAAGCUUUGUCCGCCGUAUGGCGUACUUAGGUUUAGCGCUCAUGCUCUUCUUCGCUAUACUCGGCAGUUACUUGUACUUCAAUGCGGUUGUCACGGACAGCGAAGGCGAGGAGAUCAAGCUGUCGGAAGCAGUGCAGCACUUCCUCACUUCACCCAUCUGGACAGAUCUUAAGGCGAGUCUUGAGGCCACGUGGAACCAGGCAAGGCAUCAAGGCUUCUGGGCAACCUGGGCGCAACUGGUGGACCUCACGGAUCCUCGAGGCGAAAUAAACGCUUACAAGGUCCUGGGUCUCUCGCAAACCGCCUCGCAGAACGAAGUCACAGCGCGAUGGAGAACUCUGUCCAGGGACAACCAUCCUGACAAAGUUAAGGGCUCGGAGGAGGAGAGGCGCAUGGCUCAGGAAAAAUUUAUGGAGAUUCAGCAGGCAUACGAGAUCCUGUCUCAGGCGAAGAAUCGCCGGAAACGACGGAAUCGCCGUUCCGAGAGUUGAGCCGUGCGUGCUUUCGAUUCG